AGCCGUUUGGCUCAGGGAUCGGGAGGGGGCUGGUCGGGCCCCCUGGGGACAUGAACGCCGACGGCGAGGACGACGACGACGAGCCCCUGCAGCGCACCGUCAAGCAUGUCCGGGUGGGACGUCAGGAACAUCGCUUGCAACUACCUCCGUACGCUCCGAGCCUUCCACCCGUAACUCUGGCGCCCACGGCCGACCAGCCCAGCACGAUCCCCCUGGAGUCCCUGGAGUCCCUGCGGCCAGGCGAUGGUCUGCAGCGGGUGACCGUCAAGAACACGUUCGUGCACGUGGACGGCCCGUUGCGGCGCGCGGAUUCGGACGAGCCCAUCCUGCGGACGCAGUCUGCCCCGUCGGGCCCCAGCCGCGUGCCGACAUCGCCGCGGAGGGACUCCCGCGAGGUGGCCAUCGCGGAAGAGGAGGAGAAGGAGGGCGAGGACGAGGGCGAGGACGAGCAGGACGAGGAGGAGGUCCAGGGCGGCUGCGACGACGACGCCCCGCUCCAGUCGACCCUCACGUACGACCCCUUCGCGGCCUUCUCGCCCACGGCGGCCGGCGGUGACCCGUUGGGCAUGCCCCCCAUGGGCACCUCGUCCAGCUCUCACGACGCCGUGAUGUGGAACCCCUUCGGCAUGGCGCCGUACCCGGGCUACGGGUCGCCGCCGUGGGACUACGGCAUGUCCUUGGGCGAGGAGGCCGAGAUCCCGCCGGUGGGCGUGUUGCACUGCUUCCACACCGAGAGCCACGGCUUCGGCACGGUCAGCCCCGACCUGAGGCAGUUCAGGAAGGGCGUCGGCUACGAGGGAAGGUUGUCGGUGUUGUCCGAGGCGCAGGUGCACCGAGGCGGGCGGCACAGAUACCUGCUGCAGUUCACGCACGGCCCGCUGGGCAAGGCGGACGGCGUCGGGUUCGUGUUCGCCUCCAGGCUGCCAUGCACGAAGAACAUCCAGAAGAUCGUUUCGGUCUUCCUGAAGCAGGGCGGCCAGAUCGCCAUGCGCAUCUUCGGGGAGAUCGUCAGAGCUUCUGGUCACGUGAGGCCUAUUGCCGUAGGCGACUGGAUUGAGAUGGACGUCGACCUCGACAAGAGCCUGGCGUGCUUCAAGAUAUGGCCUUGCGAUCUCGCUGGAAUGCUUAUACCUGGCAAGCCGGAUUCCACUGCUGAGUUCAAUUUCGCCAAGAAGCUCAGCAAGGCCUUAUCGAAACCAGUGGACCUCACGCUCGGACACUUUGCAUGCGUAAUACAGAACGUGGGUCCGCCGCUUAGUACCAACCACGUCUUGGUUUGCAUUGCUUCUGCUGUGGGCGGGUAUACCACGUAUGCUAUCCAUGCUGUAUGUGUAUGAGUGUCAAGCUUGUUAGUCCACCUCGUCAUCUUACAUCCUUUCGCAUCCUUUUCCCUCGUCCUCUUUGGACGCUGGCUCGCAUGAUUCCAGGAGAACGCGAUAGAGGUGUCGUCUGAGGGAAGCGGUGUUCAUUCCAAGACUGUGCAUGACGGGUGAUGAUGCGAGGCGCCAGAUGUCGACGUAGAUGCGUGUUGUGUGCACAAAUGUUGAUCGGUUGGCGCAAUUAGUUGUAGUUCCGAUGGAAUCAGAGACGUUAUCUGGGGUGUCGUCAAACUAGGAUUGUGAGCACGGUUCUCACGUGCCACCGCCCAGUGGCAAUCCAGCGGAUUGAUCCGAUGCGGUCGCUGAUCGAUGGGCGGAUUGGAUUUAGGGUUGAUCGUUUGAAGAGCAGUCCGUUCUGCCAGUGCAGGCAGGUUAGGUGUCGUGGCUGGAUCGGUUGGGCAGUUCGACCCGCUUCACGCGCCAGGCAGGGGGGCAGCCGCGUGUCGAACUUGGUCCGAUCGGUUCACGAUGGCUCUUGGCGCUUCGCGCAUUCCCACCAGCCCAUCCCGAAACAAUGCCCAAGCGGGUUGCUUUGAUCAGGAGGUGAGCCCUACAUACCCAAAAGUGAGCC